GCAAGGAGACUUCCGGUGAGGGGCUUCCGGCGCUGCUCAAGCCUGAUCAAUAAGGAACGGCGGGUGGCCCCUGCCUGCUGUACGACACAGCCCAUCCUUCCCAGCCAGGGGCCGCAUUGGGCUGAGUCUCAGAGUUUUAGCUUCCGUCUGUGGUGACCACUUGGUGUUCCGAUGAAGGACUCCUUGACUCUCCUGUCCCGCAUCCAGGCACACCCAGAUUCCUGUUGUUGGUUCCUGGCCUGGAAUCCCAAAGGGACACUACUGGCUUCCUGUGGUGGAGACCGUAGCAUCCGCAUCUGGGGAAAAGAAGGUGAUGGCUGGGUGUGCAAGUCCAUUCUGGGUGAAGGGCACCAAAGGACCAUCCGCAAAGUGGCCUGGUCCCCCUGUGGGAACUACUUGGCUUCAGCCAGCUUUGAUGCAACCACCUGCAUCUGGAAGAAGAACCAGGCCGAUUUCGAGUGUGCAGCGACUCUGGAGGGCCAUGAGAAUGAGGUGAAGUCCGUAGCCUGGGCCCCGUCUGGCAGCCUCCUGGCUACCUGCAGCCGAGACAAAAGUGUCUGGGUUUGGGAAGUGGAUGAAGAGGACGAAUACGAGUGCAUGAGCGUCCUGAAUUCUCACACACAGGAUGUGAAGCAUGUUGUCUGGCAUCCUAACCAAGAGCUGCUGGCAUCUGCCAGUUACGAUGACACCGUCAAGCUGUAUCGGGAGGAGGAAGACGACUGGGUGUGCUUCAGCACCUUGGAAGGCCAUGAGUCCACGGUGUGGAGCUUGGCCUUUGACCAGAGUGGAGAAAGGCUGGCUUCCUGUAGUGAUGACAAAACCGUGCGCAUUUGGCGCCAGUUUAAGCCAGGCAAUGAGCAAGGCGUGGCCUGUAACGGCACCGAUCCCAUUUGGAAGUGUGUUUGCACCCUCUCUGGUUUCCACACGCGGACCAUCUACGACGUGGCAUGGUGCCACCUGACAGGUGCCUUAGCCACCGCCUGCGGAGACGACGCCAUCCGGGUGUUUGAAGAAGACCCCCUCUCGGAUGCUCAUCAGCCCACCUUCUCCUUGACUGCCCACGUGGCCCGAGCGCAUUCUCAGGAUGUGAACUGCGUUGCCUGGAGCCCCAAGGAGCCAGGCUUGUUGGCUUCAUGCAGCGACGAUGGAGAAAUGGCCUUCUGGAAGUACCAGCGUCCAGAGUCUUGCUGAAUAACCUGUUCACCUCCAGGGUUGGAUGUUCAGGAGCACUAGAUUCCCCCAGAAAAAGCAACUAAACAUCCUACCAAUUGCUUGAACCGUGUGGUCGUUGUUUCCAUCCUUUCCGGAGAACUGCACUUCCCUAGGUGAGAACUUAACUCUCUAAAAGGAAAACACUGGAUUUAACUAAGAGGGGAUCCGAUUUGUUUUCUUUGGUAUGGAUCCAGCCAAGGCAAGACUGCACUGAAGGUGGAUUUGCAAGUUAUGUCCGAAGGGAAAGCUUUCUUAUCCCUUCUACUCCGGCUCCAGUAGGUGAAAUCAUAGGCGUGAAAUGUUGGUUUCUACUUAAAACCAGCCAAAGGGAAGGAGCCGUUAGCUGGACAUCUAUAACAUGAAUAAAAUAGAACAUCUGCUGUUGUU